AUGAGUGCGAGCCAACCAAGUGCAUUUUGCGUACUCGUGCUAGGCGGCCACGCUCUCAGCCGCCUGUCCGUCGCUGGUGCUGACAAGCGCAGCGGAGCCUCCUCGCCUGCACUUGCACCUAUGCACGGGGACCCGGAACCCGCCAGUAGCGAAGAAGCCGCAGCCCCGAGAACUAGCGGAACCCCCAAAGUGAAGUCGGAAGAGGGCUCCCCUGGACCUAGCGGCCAAACGACACCGGCCACCAGUCAGGGAACCCCGGCCAGUUCUGACAAACGCGUCCACGAACACGGCACAGGCGGCAGCGGUGCAGCGUCACCGGCUGAUAAGGAAGCUGCACUGCCAACAGAGCCGAGCACCUGCAGCUCCAGUCCAGAAGCCGGCCAUGAGCGAGAGCGAUGUCAGGCAGCGUGCACCAAACGCCGUCGCACCGUGAUAGGCAAUCUGGUGGACUUCGAGCGCCGCAUCAGUCGAGUGCCCUUCAUGCAAACAGCUAGGGCGGCCAGCCUGCCGCUUACGCUGCAUCCCAGGAGACAGCGGCACAUGAAAGACAAGGACAGCGGCACCAUCAUAGCCACCAUCGCCACAUCGAUCAUGCUAGUCGUACUACUGAUGCUACUCUUCUUUCUUAUGCCUAUGAAAUCACGCUCACGUGAGCCUAUGCAAGAUAACGAGGUGCUGUGCCGCACUGUGGGCUGUCGCUACUACGCCGAAAUCUUGGCGGGCGCGGUAAACGCCACUAUAAACCCAUGCGAUGACUUCGAGGCGUACGCCUGCUCGAACUGGGCACCUUUCGCACAACCUUACAGCUACGGCACGGCUUCCAUGAGCAGUGCUAUGGCAGCUUGGUACGAGAGCUUCCGCAAGAUAUUUCUUGAUGGGUCCCCUCGGGAGCACUUUGUUAGGAAGGUGGACGCCGCGUUCUCAUCUUGCAUGCUCACCAGUCCCGAGGACUCGAGGAGGGGCAUCAGUGACCUGAAGUCGUUCAUGCGCCAGCUGAGGAUUUCUUGGCCGGACGCUCCUCUGGAAAAAGUCGACCCCUUGGGUGUGCUCCUAGACUUGUCGCUCAACUGGCGUCUCGACAUUUGGUUCUCCGCGGCACUUCGCCGAUGCCCAUACGGCUGUGCGCCGAGUGACGGUGGUCGACACAUCCUGUUCGAUCCCACAAGCUUCUUCAUCGUGCGUGAGAACAAGCAACGAGACCUGUCUGCUCUGAAGUCUUACAUGACCUACUGGAACAGAUUUAGUAAUGCGUUCCUUGCUCCUGGUUAUCCGGAGCGGUCCGAGGAAUACAUCAACCGGAUCGCCAUGAUAGAGAGGAGUGUCUUUAAUAGGUUUAUCCUUGUCGGCAAGAAGGUUGCCGUUCAGCCAGUGCAGUUCGAGCUCGGAAGCAUACGCUACUUGACGCCCAACAUACCGGAGUCACGAUGGAUUGACCAGCUCAACAGUCAUGUGAAUCGUUUCGGCGAGUUUCGGCGUAAUGACAGGGUGACCGUAUGGGACAGAGAGUUGCUUUACGCUGUGAAUGAAAUGUUCGUCAAUUACACAAGAGUCGAGCUGCUGGAGCACAUAUCUUGGAUUUUCGUGCAGAAUUUCGGCCCACUUGCCGAUCGAGAGCUGCUCUUGCCGCAGCACGGAGACAAGAGGGCAGCAGCUGAGUACCGGCACAUCUUUUGCGCUACCCAGGUGGAAAUAGCCUAUCAGCGGCUGUUCACGUCAACGUACGCCAAGGAUCACUUCACUACCCGUACAAGAAACGGCAUAGACGCGCUCCUAGCGAGCGUGGCGCAAUCGGCUGCGGAUAAAAUUUUCAGCGUCACCUGGGCUGAUGAAGCUUCCAAGCAAGCACUCGUCGAUCGCGUCCGAAACGUCACGGUGGAGCUUUGGCCAGGGAGCGAGUUCUUAUCCGACGAGUCGAUACACAGGUUUGAACAACUCUUUUUCGCAGACGAAAACAACCUCUUCGCUCAGCAGUGGAUUUGGGCCAUGAAAACAUGGCGCCGACUGCGAGACAGUGCCACACACAACGACACCAUUGAGAGUCCGCGCAACUACGCGCUUCCGUAUUUCAGGUACACGCACGUUCUCAACAGCGUGUCGAUAGCCCUGGCUGCGUUCUCCAGGCCGUGGUACUACGCCGAUGGCACCAAAGCUAUGGCGUACGGCACUGUCGGGUUCUCCUUCGCCCGUGAACUGGCGAGGUCUUUCGAUCCCUUCACGGUACCGGUAGAUUUGCUCGGACAAGCCACGCUGUUCCAGCCGGCCGCCACUUGGACGACGGGAUCUAGGCGCAGAGCGGCGUGCCUCAACCCUUUCCACAGCACGCCGUUUCCCGAGAUACCGGCUUUGGAAUUCGCUUACCAAGCAUAUAAGGACUCGAUCGCCAUCAAAAACGAUAGCGAACGGAGAGUGUCGAGCUCGAUCAGCGACGAACAGCUAUUUUUCCUCUCUGCCUGCUUCGCGAUGUGCAACCUCCCUGAGACCAUGCAAUCUUAUCGCUUGCACUGCAAUAAGGCGGUGUCGAACUUCGCGCCCUUCGCACGUGCUUUCGGCUGCCAGGAUGAUGCGAAAAUGAGCCCUCACAAAAAGUGUUCCUAUUUGGACUGCACUUCAGCGACUAUUUCCACCAAUUUGUAA